AUAAACGAAACAAAGAUUAAAAUUAAUAUGCCUAAAGUAAAGAUUUCAUGUUUGGACCGACUUCGUGGAUACGUAAGAGAAUAUGGUAGUGACGUGUUUUCUACGGAUGGUCAAAUUUUAUUUUGUAAAAUAUGUGAAGUGAAAGUUGCCGCUGACAAAAAGUUUACAAUUACUCAACAUGUAUCACGAGAUAAGCACAAACAAGGAUUACAACGAAAAAUUUCAGGAAUAAAACAUGACAUGGUAUUACUUUUUUUAAGUGAUGCAGCUCCUUACAUGGUCAAGGCUGGGCAAUCUUUAAGUUCCUUGUAUUCUAAAAUGAUACAUGUUACUUGUUUGGCGCAUGGUUUACAUCGAGUAUCAGAAGAAAUCCGGGGUCAAUUUUCCGAAGUCGAUCAGUUCAUUUCAAAUGCAAAGAAAAUUUUCUUAAAAGCGCCAUCCAGAGUGGAUACAUUUAAAACUAUGGCUCCUGGUAUUCCUUUACCCCCUCAACCUAUAGUGACACGAUGGGGUACAUGGUUAACUGCAGCAUUAUAUUAUUGUGAGCACUUUCCGAUUAUUCAAGCCAUUAUAAAUCAAUUUGAUAAAGAAGAUGCAAUUUCAAUUGCAAAAUAUCAAAAAUUACUAAGUGAAGGAGAAGAAGAUAUUAAUCCAGAAAAUAUUAUUCCAGAAGACUUAACACCUAACGAUAUGACAUUUUUCAAGUAUGCUCCUAUCACUUCAGUUGAUGUUGAGAGGUCAUUUUCAGUAUAUAAAAACUUAUUGGCAGACAACCGUCGAUCCUUCAAAUUCCAAAACUUAAAAGAAAUACUAAUUGUACAGCGCAAUUCAAAUAUGUAA